AUGUCUCUGGUUUUUCUUGGUAGGAUGUGGAAACUUGGCCUUAGAAACUCAUCCGAUGCCAUCAUGCAAGCAGAGCGGGUUCGGUUUCUGUCCUCUUUGGUAGAGUCGUCUCCGUACCUCUUGAACAGGACAUAUGCUGUGAGAGGAGGCUCUUCAAUGAAUUUGUACGAUCCAAGGAAGGAACAGACGGUAGUAGCUGACCAGGGGAUGAUGACGUAUCAAUUAAGUUACAUAGGAGCAUCCAGAGGAUGGGUUGGUUUCAUGAAUUCUAAUGAUCCCAGCGUCUAUCUCACCAACAUGUUGAAUCACAAAGUCAUAUCCUUGCCUCCUCUAAGUCCUGAUUGUACUUAUAAUGCCAUAAUCAACAUGUCGCUGUCCUCUUUCCCAAGUGACGACUCAUGUGUCGUGGCCAUCAAGUUUUAUGGAGGUCGGAUGUGUUUCUGUAGGCCUGGUGACUCAGCCUGGACCAAAACGGAAAGUUCCUCAAAAGUUUUGGAUUGCUCCAGCGUGCUCUACUCCAACCGUGAUUCCAAUUAUUACCAGAGAUUUGACCGUCUCAAGUUACCUGAUUUGCUAUGGUCGGAGUUUGAGCUGCUAGAGUCGUGUUUCUACACUGAACACUUAGUGGAGUCCCCCACCGGCGAAGUUUUUGACAUCAUGUGGUUUCUUCAGUUAUCCCACGGUGGAAAGGCGAUACAUUGGAAGGAGUGUAACAAGAAAUAUAAAAACAAAGAGGUGGUGAGAAAAACAAAGAGGUUCAUGGUUUAUAGAGAGGAUGAGGACUGUUACACGUAUGACAUUGGGGAUCUCUGCAUAUUUCUUGGUCAACAACAUAAUGAAGCCUUUUGUUUGCAAUCGAGCCAGUUCACAGGCCUUAAGCCUAAUUCCAUUUACUUUGCUGCCCUUGGUCAUAGUGGUGUUUACAAUCUUGCCACCGACGCAAUCCAUGAUCUCCCUUUCACCAAUCCCUUUCUUAUGUGGCUUGCUCCACUCUCACACUAA